AUGCAAAGCGUCACGCACACGCGGCAGUGCGUGUGGCUGCUGGAUUCAAAGAACAGCAGCGAGCCCCGCGACCAAGAUGAGGAGCACCACCUGGACGCGGCGGCGUGCCUUUUCCUCGCCAUCGUGCCCUACGAGGGUGCCGCGCGACUGCUCGCCGCCCUGUGCUCCUGCCUCGUGCUGCUGUCACUCCUCGUGAACGGCGUCACGCUAUUAGGCCUCGAGCGCUCCCGCGAGCUGGCGUGGCAGCCGCGCUUUAACCUGCUGAAGAACCUGAUCCUCAGCGACCUCAUCCAGACCGCUCUGCUGGGCCCCCCCCUCAUCUACUCACUGAUGCACAGGCGCACCAUGGGCUUCAACCUGUGGUGCCACCUGCAGUACUUCUUGGGCACCACGACCAUCUCGUGCAGCCUGCUCACCAUCACGGGCAUGGCGCUCGAGCGCUAUCUGUACGUGUGCCAGGCGAUCCGCUACCUGUCGAUCCUGACGCUGCUGCGCCUGCGCCUGGCGCUCUCCAUGAUCUGGGUGGUGUCCGUGGGGCUGGGGAUCACGAGCGUGGUGCUGCUGGGGCUGGGCCACGAGCGCGAGGAUGCGACCCGCGGCGUCACCUCGGGUCUCGUGUGCGAGCCGGACACAAUGGAGAGGCAGAUGGGUUUCCCACGCGCCUCUGCCGUGUUCCGGAAGGUAGUGUGCGCGCUGCUGCUGCUUAUCUGUAUCCUCGCGCACGGCUUCGCGUAUUUGCGCAUGUACCGGGACGCGCUCAACGCGGUGGUGCCCUUCAAAGCGGUGAACACGCGCGCGCGCAAGACGGUGCUGUUCUACUGCUGCAUGCUACUGUUCCAGCUGCUGCCCGUGCUGCUCAAGGCCACGUCGGACGUGCUGUGGGAGUUCGAGGGCACCGGUGCCGCCAUGCUGGAAAGAAACCCGCACGCGCCCUCCCUGUCCGCGGCGGUGCUGCACAUGUCACUGGUGGCCAUGACGCUCGUGCCGCCCUGCAUCAACCCGCUCGUGUACGGCAUGCGCAACAAGGAGGUGCGGCAGCUGCUGGCCCGGGCCACGUGCUGCUGCUGCAUGAGCAACGGUCCGGGACCGUUAGCAGCCGAUGACAGGCGGGCUCGCGCGAGGAGGAACGGAGGGAGGUCGCUGCUUGUGGGGCAGGGGGGGCUCGCGGUGGGGCAUCUCGUGCAGAACCUCCCGAACGAGGACCUUGUGGGGAGGGGGGCGGCGGCGGGAGGUCAAGAGCGCGAGGCACUCUGA